UAUACUGUAUUCUACUUGGCUUUAUUGGGCGGGAAAUCUGGUCCAAUCUGGCAACACUCUCGACAGGCGGACCUCACAGCCGGGUUGCAGCCGUGUGCUCCAAGGGAACCCCAUGGUUGUUCUCCUCCCCACAGCUCAGCCCAACAUCGUAGUAUACUAACAGAGAUGGAGGCUCCUCCGGUCAGCGUCAUGCCCGUCACCGGGGGCUCCAUCAACAUGAUGGAGUAUCUGCUGCAAGGCAGCGUCCUGGACCAGGCCCUGGAGAGCCUCCUCCACCGGCUGCGGGGGCUGUGCGACAACAUGGAGCCGGAGACCUUCACGGACCACGAGCUGGUCUACCUGCUGAAGGGCCAGCAGGGCAACCCCUUCAUCCUGCGGGCGCGCCACUCCCUGUCGCACCCGGCCGCGCCCUGGCACCUGCGCUACCUGGGCCAGCCCGAGGUGGGCGACAAGAGCCGGCACGCGCUGGUCCGCAACUGCCUGGACGUGUCGGCGUCGCACAGCCUGCCCGACGUCCUGAACGAGAUGGGCUUCCGCAUGGACCACGAGUUCGUGGCCAACGGGCACGUGUUCCGCCGCGGCGCGCUGAAGGUGGUCGUGAGCAAGCUGUCGCGCGUGCUGGUGCCGGGCAACACGGAGAACACGGAGCGCCUCUCGCUGUCCUACCUGGUGGAGCUCAGCGUGCUGGCGCCCGCCGGCCAGGACACUGUGUCGGAGGACAUGCGCAGCUUCGCCGAGCAGCUGAAGCCCCUGGUGCACCUGGAGAAGAUCGACCCCAGCAAGCAGAGGCACUGAGGCCGCCGGGGGGCCGGCCCCGGCCCUGCCUGGGUGCUCUGGGAUUGGCUCUUGACUUCUGAGAGGGCGGGGCUAGGGGGGUCGUGAUUGGUUGGAGUUCGGAUCUUUGGAUUGGUCCGUGGCUGGGUGCGCCCGGGGACGAACUGGACUUGGGGUUCUGUUGGUUGUUCCACCGCUAGCUGUGGUUACCCUGUGUUGAUAACUGAAGAAAGGUUCACUCGCACAGAGUGGGACGCCAGUUAGACUCUUACGUAAGACCCCCAUUUAUUGUCUCUUACAGAUUCAUAGUAAUAGAUUCAACCAUCUCUAUCGAUGUCCCAUUGGUUUUUAUUACUAGUAUGUCAGUUUUUCCCUACACCCCUGUAGAAGCUCAGGGAUUAUUAAAGGGGGAGAAGAUAUUGCAUUAGUUUGUCUAUUCCCUUUGUAUAAUAUCAUGGCAUUUAAACGUUCAAAUGUCCAAUGCUUUACUUUCCCCCCAAAACAGGCUGGAAACACACGUCCUGGUACAAUGUGGAUGAUCUGCAUCACUGUUACCAUGGUGACUAUGACAUGACAAGAGACAAUACGAUUUUAUUUUCUGAAGAAUCUUGUUUGUGCGUUCGUUCUCGAGCUUUCUUACGAUUUUUUUUUUACAAGUUAAUAAAAAAAAGACCCAAUAUAUGUUUUCUCUUGUCUGUUAUUAUGGUCA